AUGUGUGCCUCCCUUGCCCACCUUAACUUUCUCACUUUGACGCUCCCCGCGUUCGCUUAUGGUGCAAAACUCCAAGCUGACUGUAGAGCACAGACAUCAAAAACCGGGAUUGUUUCGCCAUUCCCAGACUCAGUCUUUCGACAUUCUCCUCGUUCGGGUUUCAUGCCUUUCUUGCAGACGUCCCUCCAUCAGGAGAUUGAUGGAGCUCAAAAGUUCCGAGGACUGUACCGCUACAUUGCGGGAAAUGUUCAUCGAAAGCAAGAAAAUUAUUCGUUCGCUCCGUUUGUUACCGGGUUCAAGGGCGCUGAUGUUUUGAGUGCGAAGGUAGGAUACGAUCAUCUUAUCCCUCACAAAUACAGGAGAAAGUCAGACUUACACGCACCCGAUACGCCCACUUACGCCAUCCUCAACCUUGGUGGUGCCUCUAAGCAAAUCGUGUUCGAGCCUGUGUUCACGUCCUCAGAUACUAUGCAGAUCGAGGGAGAGCACAACUACGAUCUGCAGUUCGGUGGCCGCAGCUAUGUGUUGUAUUAG